AUGAACAAUUUGUGCAACCUCUUUCUCGUCUACAAGCAGACCUAUACUUCCGCAAGUUCGUUGCGUGACUGGCUUGAUCUUAUUCCUAGACACGAUGUGGAGCUGCCCAUUGAAUUUCUUAUGAAUGAAGAUGAUCGGUGCAACUUGCUGACAAAGCUUCGUGAAAACGCAAGCACUCCUCGCCCAUGGACGCCGCCUGAUCGUUAUUGCAAAUUGGACAAGUCGGAUCUUGACCACGAUAUUUUGCCUUGGCAAACUCUCUCUAAACGCUAUUGCACAAUUUCUGAUCCAAAAAAACUUCUCCCAGACCGAAAGAUCAAAGGUUUUAAUUACGUCACCAUCAAAGGCUGUCGUUUUGUAAGCCUUUUUGAAAUUUCGGUCCGGGCUGCACUAUGUUGCGGUUGCAAUUACAUUGUGGUCCUCAACCCACAUGCUGUCGGUGUCUCAAAAGAUCACAUUGAGACUGCUGUUUCACUUCUAGAGGAAGGCCAAUUGGAUGUUGUGUUGGGGCAGUCGGUGCCGUGUCAUACAGCUUCCCUUGAAGGGGAUGUAAUAGAAAAAAACAAGUCUACAUUUGCUUCGCACACUUGGGGCCUCUAUCUUAUUGCUUUGAAACGGAGUCGCAAACUUCUUACUAGUGCCCAUCAACUGACAGAAGGAGUGGAGUGGGGAACCCCUUCUGCUUUCAGUCGACUGUGGGCAAAUCUCUCCACAUUUCUGCCCAAAUGGAGCGUUGUAGUUCUGAGAGACCAGCUACCAGAGAUAAUGCAAGUUGAAGAUCUUCCCUUCCUUGAGCGUAUUUUGAACAUUCCGCUCCGGGAACUAGUGGACGAUUCCAUAAGCAUAAUUAUUCCUAUUGGCCCAGGGCAUCCAGACGAUGAGUUGGAUUUAAUUGAAGAUGCCAACAUCAUUGCAGAUGCUGCGCCAUUUGCAUCAAGUCUUGUCGAGUCACUAGAUCUAAUUCAAAAAAAUUCCUCCGGACUUCGUAAUAUUCAGGUCAUUGUCAUCUCAAGUCGACCCGAGGUUAAUAAGAAGAACUCCACUGAUGAACCCUCGUCCCUAUUUUCCAUGUCAAACCCUCAGCUGUAUCAAACGGAUCCCUCAAAAGCGGCUGUAAAACUUGAGCUUCACCAUGCUCCCGCUGUCUGGUCGUCUACUUCUGGUACAGGGCUUGAGCGACGGCCACCGAAUCGAGGUGAACUAAUUCACUAUGCCGUCGAACACUUCGCAAAAGGAUCUGUUCUACUAUUUAUGGAACCAGGUGUUCAUCUUCCAUUCCUUUGGGACACCGCCGUCUUCCAGUGUUUGGAACAACCCGGUGUGGGAAUGAGUAGUUUCGCCUACCGAUUUUCUCUAAAGGACAAGUAUAUGCAGCGGAAGCAUAUCGGUUGGGCUAUUAGGUCUUACUUGGCUAAUUGGCUUGUCAAUCACCAAGCCUCAAAGCUGCAAUUGCCUACGGCUGGUCAACCGCUUUUCCUCUACUCCCAUUACCUUCGAUGUCUGCCUGGGGGGUAUCCAAGAUCGUCGCGUCGACUUCACUCAGUUGACCUAUGUCUGUCGGUCACUCGUUACUUGGGUCGAAUUGGAGUUGCCAAUCAAAACAUGGCCUCAGCGGGCGUGCCGACUGAUUGGUUACUGAGGCACGGGGCUUUGCGUGGAGCAGCAUACUGUUCUCUCGUUACCGCAGCGCGUCUCCUGGGCUGCACUCAAUCAGAGUUGCGAGAGGCCCUAUCUGUGCAGGAAUCUCCUUCUUCAACUCACCAUUCCUUUGACUAUAGCAACAGCAUGGAGGGUGCAAGGCCACGGCUGAGACGCCUGCCAUUAAUUCAACCUGACUACUUAGAUGGAUACUAA